AUGAAGUCUCUCAACUUUCAAUCGGUUGUUUCACAGUUUUUCGAGUACGAGAGUACGGUAGUCGUCCGAUGGCCACUUCCAUUCAUCAUCAUCCCACCACUUUUGACGGUUUCUAUUGUCACUCUAACGGUUACAAAUUUUCAUUUGAAUGUGACAAACGAUACUCUUCAAGUGUUCCUUCCGGAUGAUAUGAGAAGUUUGAGGGAUUUGAAAGAAUUGAUUCAUUUAUUUCCACCAAGAGAUACACAAAGAGACACUUAUAGUAUUUUUGGGACCAAGUUUGUGUAUACUGUAAUUGAAGAUGAGCAACCUGAAGGCAACAUUUUAUCGUCUUCGGGGAUUCAGAGAAUGGCACGAUUGCAUAAGUUUGUGAUGGGUUUGGAGACCCGUCAAGGAGACAACGUCGCCACCAACUGCCUCCGAAACCGAGACGACGAAGCGUGCACAAUGCACCCCAUCGCAUUUGCUUUAGAAGACAGUACCCCAGAAUUCGCCAUUCAAUUUCUUCUCCGUUAUCCAAACCUUAAAUUUGGAGACUUUGUAGUAGACAACGCCAUGGUUUUUGGUGGCGUGGAAGUUGUGCCAAAAUCCCAAGACAUUGAAGGAAACUCUCCAAUAAGGUCAUCUAAAGCGGUUCGAAUGACUUACAUUCUGGAGGCAAGCGAGUCUACGGAACGGUGGAUAGACUUGUUUCUCACUACUAUCCCUCGAUACAAAGAAUCCAAUUCCACCGUUUUAUGGUCCUCCUCAAAAAGUUUAGCGAAAGAGAUGGAGAGAAAUGGGGAAUUGCUGAUACCAUGGAUGCCAUGGACCUCUCUAGUACUUGUGGUGUUUUGUAUGUUUGCCUGUUCUUCAUUCCAUGUAGUCAAGUCUCAACCAUUCAUUGGAUUUUUCGCAAUGUUCAAUGCAACCAUGGCCACCAUUGCAUCGACUUCUCUCCUGAUUUAUAUACAGUAUCCAUUUCUUCCUCUGGUUUUCAUUAUGCCAUUUCUGGUUGUUUCAAUCGGUACUGACAAUAUGUUUCUAAUGCUAAAAAGUUGGCGAAUGACAAAGAAAUCAGCAAACGAGGAAAGACGGUACAUUUGCGCUCUAACGGAGUCUGCAGCUUCUUUAUUCUUAACUUCUCUGACUGAUGGCUUAUCAUUUGCCAUCGGAAGUAUUUCAGAUUUUCAUGCAGUUCGAGUAUUCUGCACCUACUGUGCAAUGGCAAUUCUCUUCAUGUUCCUUUUUCAAGUCACAUUUUUCAACGCAGUCAUGUCGUUAUGUUGUCGGAGAGAAGUUGCAGGGAAGCAUCCAGUGUUUUGUUGUUAUGAUACUGUACCAUCGAACGAAACAAAAAUCCUCAAACCUAACUCGGAUACCCACUCCGAUAUCGCUUCUAUUGUUGCCAAAUACCUCUAUCGAAUCUUGAAUCCUUGGCCUUCUCGAAUCGUCGUCUUCUGUGUUUUUCUACUCUAUCUUUUCACUUCAAUUCAUUAUGCAAUUGGCCUACCUCUAGGAUUGGAUCUGAAGCUUUUGGCUCCAGAUGACUCGUAUGUUUCCAGAGAGCUCGAAGCUCAAGAGAAAUUAUUUGCGGACUACGGUGGAUUUUGUUUUGCAUUGGUUCGAUCAGAGAACAUUUCGUUUCGAGACCCAAUGAUCCGAAGGGAUUUGAUAAAAUUGUAUCAUGAUUUGGGAGGAAGUGAGUACGCAUCUCCCGCAGAGUUCUGGCUGGAACCAUUUGAGAAGAAACAUCGGGGACGGAAAUAUUCGGAAUCCAAUUUCUCUGAUGAACUGCACACUUUUCUAGCUAAAGAGCCGAAUUUGAAGUUUCGAAACGAUAUUCGGUUUACUAUGACUGGAAGGAUUGAGGCAAUAAAAAUGAUGUUUCGAGUGAGAAAACUGGGAAAAGAUAACGAUUCACCGAGAGCCGAAUAUAUGAGGAGGAUAAUGGAAACGAGUCAAUUCAGUGGUUUUGUUUAUGAUACCAGUUUUCUGUUAGUGGAUCAGCAAAUGACAACGGUUUACAAUGUGAUUAUUGAUGUGGUUUCUGCAAUUCUCACAAUGCUUUCGAUUUGUGUUUUAAUGGUUCCUCGCCCCGUCUCAGCGAUGUGUAUUGCCUUUGCGAUCCUGUCCGUGAAUAUCGGAGUAAUCGGUGCCCUGGCAGCCACCAACACCCGCCUUGAUAUCAUUUCUAUGAUAACAAUAGUGAUGAGCGUUGGAUUUUCAGUUGACUAUGUGACCCAUACCACAUUCCAUUUUGUUAUUCAAAGAGACAAUCGGCUAGAGGUUGUUUGUUAUCUUUAUCAUUCAUUAAAAAAAUUAAUUAAUUUUAAGAAAUGCCUUCUUGUUAUGACUGAACCCAUUCUCCAAUCCGCGUUAUCUACUGCCAUUGGAGUAUCAUUACUGUCAUUUGUGCAUUCUUACAUCGUUCGAACUUUUGUGAAUACCGUAUUCUUUGUGGUUGGAUUGGGAAUUCUUCAUGGAUUGAUAUUUCUUCCGGUCCUUCUGGAUACCAUCGUCCCUCAUUCUGAAUAUAUGAUUGCUUAUGAACCACACCAGGAAGAAGAGGAAAACAAUCAUUAUGAAGAUCUUUAUGGGUUAUAA